GGAAGGAUGGCUGCUGAGAGCGUGAAAGUGGUCGUACGAUGCAGGCCCAUCAACGAAAGAGAACGAGACCUUAACUGUCGGGUGGUGGUCACCAUGGACAGCAGCCGGGGCCAGUGCUUCAUCAGGAAGCCCGAAUCUCCCGAGGAGAGCCCCAAACAAUUCACCUUUGACGGGGCAUAUUACACGGAGCACUGCACUGAGCAGAUCUAUAACGAGAUUGCUUAUCCGUUAGUGGAGGGGGUGACUGAGGGGUACAACGGCACCAUUUUUGCCUAUGGGCAGACGGGCAGCGGGAAAUCAUUCAGCAUGCAGGGCGUCCCACACCCUCCUGCACAGAGAGGAAUCAUCCCGAGAGCCUUCGAACAUGUAUUUGAGAGCAUCCAGUGUGCGGAGAACACCAAGUUCCUGGUGCGCGCUUCAUACCUGGAAAUUUAUAACGAGGAGAUCCGUGACCUGCUGGGAGAGGACACUAAGCAGAAGCUGGAGCUGAAGGAGCACCCGGAGAGAGGCGUCUACGUGAAGGCCUUAUCGCUGCACACCGUGCACAGUGUGGCCGAGUGCGAGAGGAUAAUGGAGACUGGCUGGAGAAACCGAUCUGUCGGCUACACCCUGAUGAACAAGGACUCUUCGCGCUCUCACUCAAUCUUCACCAUCCACAUAGAAAUCUGCUCCACUGAUGCAAACGGAGAAGAUCAUCUUCGAGCUGGAAAACUCAAUUUGGUAGACCUUGCCGGCAGUGAGAGACAAGCCAAAACGGGGGCUACAGGAGAGAGACUCAAGGAAGCCACCAAAAUAAACCUGUCCCUCUCUGCUUUGGGUAACGUCAUCUCAGCUCUAGUGGACGGAAAGUCCAAACAUAUCCCUUACAGGGACUCCAAGCUGACUCGCCUGCUUCAGGAUUCGCUAGGGGGGAAUACAAAGACCCUCAUGGUGGCAUGCCUGUCUCCCGCUGACAACAACUACGAUGAGACCCUGAGCACCCUGAGAUAUGCCAACCGAGCUAAAAACAUCAAGAACAAACCACGCAUCAAUGAGGACCCCAAGGAUGCCCUGCUCAGGGAGUACCAGGAAGAGAUUAAAAGGCUGAAGGGCAUGCUGACGGAGCAGAGCAACGUGAAGGACCUGGCAGCAUUCGAAAGGCUAACAAUGAAGUCACCAGAAAUGCAGUCAAAUGGUUCUGAAACGGAUACAGAGGCUGAGAAACAAAUGAUCAGACAGGAGUACGAGGAAAGGUUCGCCCAGCUGAAAGCAGAAUAUGAAGCCGAACAAAAGUCGCGUGCGCGCCUGGAGGAGGAUAUUAGCAAUUUGCGCAACUCUUAUGACAUGCGGUUGGCCAGCAUGGAAGAGGAUCUGAAGAAGACAUCAGCUGUUCCUCUUGUUCCUGGGGCAGCGAGCUCAGAUGAUGCAUCAACUCUCCAGCCUGAAGCGCCUCAAUCACAGGUGGCUGUGCACCUGCAGAGUGUGAAGAGAGGGAAUCUGGGGCCACAGUUGGCCCCGAACACAUUGCAUCCUCCCGAGGACUCAACUGGGGCGGUAAGCCCCCAGCUGGUACUUGCCAGGCUUCAGGUUCUGGAGCAGCAGGUGGUAGGUGGGGAACAAGCUAAAAACAAGGACCUGAAGGAGAAGCACAAGCGACGGAAAAAAUAUGCUGACGAGAGGAAGAAGGAACUGGUGGCAGCUCUGCAGAGUAUGGAUGAGGACGGCAGCGACAGGGCCCUGGUGAAUGUUUACGAGUCAAUUCAAGAGGAGCUACAGGCUAAGAACCGGCUCCUGGAAAAGUCGCGGAAGAAGUUGAAGGCAGCAGAGACCGAGAUUGAAGAUCUGCAGGCUGAGUUUGAGCGCGAGAGGAACGACUACCUGGCUACAAUCCGCCGGCAGGAGCGAGAGAUGCUUCUGUCCCAGCAGAUCCUGGACCAGGUUCAGUCGCUCAUCCGACGGGACUGCAAUUAUAGCAACUUAGACAGGAUAAGGAGAGAGGCUUCAUGGGAUGAGGACAGCGGCUGCUGGAAGUUACCAGAGCUUGUGUCGCAUAAAAUCAGCCUCCCCGCAGCAGCUCCUGGUUUGCCACAGGCAAAAACAAAGACAUCACCAGUGGAGAAUGGAGACCAUCACAUGGAAGAAGAUCGCUACAGGAUGAUGCUCAGCCGCAGCGACAGUGAGAACAUCGCCAGUAACUACUUUAGGUCCAAGAGAGCGAGCCAAAUCCUGAGCGCUGAUCCCAUGAAAAGUUUUGUGCUGCAUAACUCCUCGCCCGUAUACUCCGCAUCUCCAAGCGCAUCCAGUUCCCUCUUAACUGCGAGUAUAAGCUCAGCGUCGCCGCUGCAGGGAAUCGAUCUGCCUUUGCCUCGACCGUUCCGGCUGGAAUCCUUAGAACUUCCCAACCCAUCCGCCAAAAGUAAACGAAAAAAGAACAAGCUGCCGCCCGGCGUGGAUCCGCUGUGAUUGCUGCCGAGUAUCUGCCACAUUCUCAUUUGUUUGCCCUUAAAGGGUCAGCUUCUUCUACAAAGAAGAAGCGCGACUCACAAACUCAAGUAUUUACCUUUAAAAACAAGAAAAGCACCCGAUACGAACGUUUUUUGUCUGAUGCGUGUCGCCCAGACCCUGCUGUCUUGGAACGUUAAAUGUAAUGUCAGAAUGUUUUUUGGGUUAUAACGUUAUGUUGGGAAAUACGUGAUAUUAUACGGCUUUUCUCAAACAAAGAACAUUACAUCAUAAUCUGUUGGUUCCUAAAGCAGCCCUCAAGCUCCACCAAAGCUCUUGGUGUUACCUGUUUCCAUACUGGGAUCCAGUUGGUGGUUCUGGUCGGUUGGGUUCGGAGACGAGCCGGCCCAGGAUCCUCUGCUACAGACGGGGCACCAGUCAGCGUCACUACCAGCUGCGCCACCUCCAAACCGCUGCAUGCUGCGCCACUGCCUGAGGGGGCACAUUUUAUAUGAGUUACGGGCUGUCGACUUCAGUCCCCACAGAAGAACAAACGUGUUACAGACAUGACAUGAUUAAGAGACAAGAACGCACCAGCUCGGCCGGGACAACUGCCCCUCAACUGCCCUGUGAGAAGGCUGCGAGCUCCCACUUUAUAUAAAGACAUGAAGGGCCGGCCCGGACACGUUGGACCCCCAGACAAACUGACAGAACGGUGUCGGCAAUCUAUGGUGAUUGCACCAGAAUCACUUUAAAUGUCAUCCUCAUUGUACAGCUUGUGAUUAAACCCCUGUGUUGGGAAGCAGUUAUAAUAAAGGACGGGUUUUCCUGUCAC